AUGUGGGAUCUGCUCUCUAGACUUUUGAUUCUGGGGCUUCUGUUCACCUCAGGGGUUUGCAAAGAUAGCCCCGACGACGACAUACCCCCCACCACCACCAUUAUAGACAUCCUUUCGAGCAACGCCAACUUCAGCAAAAUCCUGCUCAGUCUGCAGCGCAGCGAUUUGGUCGAUUACAUCAACGAGCUGCAGAAUGUCACUUUUCUUGCUCCCCUGAAUCUGGCGUUCCCCGAUGACCAGUUCUACCUGGACCUCUCUCAGAACGACGUCUCGCGACAUAUGAUCGACCAGCCGGUGGACGCGGACGACGUGUGCGGUUUGGGAGUGUACAGGACACUGUUUGUCAACACGUCGUUGUCGCCCGAAGGCGUUCAGCAGCCGAUUCUGCUCGACAAUAGAGACGACUUGUUUCUGGCUGAUAAUGCGAUCGUCACCGAGCAGUACGACGUGAGGUCGAGCAACUCGGUUGUUUACGGCGUCUCUUCGUUCCUGGAGCGCCACAAGUCUGCGUGUGACUUUUUUGCAGACAUCGCCGACGCAGAUCCUGUUUUUGCGCAGUACCAGAUCAUAGCUCGAUUAUUUUCCGAUAACGAAUUCUGUGCUGCUCGGAAAAUCACCAACGUCACCUUUUUGGUCCCCUCCGACGCCAGCGUGGGCCUCAAUGAGAUCGAGCUAAACUACCUAAACACAAACGAAGGUCUAGAAGAUAAAACGAGGCUCCUUGAGUCGCAUGCCGUUGCUGGAAUCUGGGGAGGCCGGCUGGAGCCAGUCAGCACCAAAACUCUGGCCAACCAAAAAAUCCGUAUUUCUUCCAACUCGGAAGGAAGCAACAUCAUAGUGCAGAACACCAGCUCUACGUUUUCCAACUACCUUCUUUCCGACGGCAUUGUUCAUCUGUACGAUUCAAUUCUCCUAGAAAACUCCGUUCCCGUGUUCACUCCGCGCAAGUACCUUCUGGGCCUGGGCCUCACGUCUGUGGUGAACCAACUGGACUUCCACAAACUCUCCAGUCUCAUCGACGACCGCGACGUCAACCAGACGAUUUUCGUGACGGAGAGUGCCGAGUCGACGGAAUCGAAAAGCUCCCUGCUGUACCAUUUUGUCGAUGGCAGGGUGGAGUUCGACCGCGACGAGCUGCUCACCACGAAAUACUGCUCCAGCUCUGUUUUGGGCCACUGCCAGAAGCUCAAGGUCAUGAAACGCGGCGACCAAGUGUCUCUCAACAACAACGUCUUUGUCACGUCUCCAAAAAUCCGCGUCGGCAACACAUACAUCUACUACGUCGACGAGGACCUCACGCUGCCGCUUCCGUUCCAGCACGCCGUGUCGCCGUUUCUGCGGUGCGCCAAGAGCAUCAAGCUGCUCCACGACUUCGGCCUGCUCAAGUUCCGCAACAACGGCGGUUUGGGAUACACGGUCUUUCUGCCCAACGCGGACGCGUGGCGGGGCCUGGAUCUCGUCCUGGACUAUCUGUACGCGAACCGCGACGUCAUGCUGGAGAUCCUGGGGAACCUUAUUGUCAACGGCCUGAUCUACGACGACUUCCAGGGCUCAGCUACCUUGGCUACGCUGCUGGACAAGCCGCUUGAGGUGGAGUCAGUUUCAGACACACUCUACAUAAACGGCACUGCGGUGGACGUUUCCAUUGAGUCUGAGGUGCUAUUUGACAAAGGCGUGGCUCAUCCAAUAGAGAGGCUCGUGUUCCCUGCCACGGUGCAGGUCGGCGUGCCAGAACUGCUCUCUACCGUCGACGGCGAGGAGUUUCUCAAGGUGCUGAAACUCCUCCGGCUCGACCAUCUUCUCUACGAGGACUACUCGUUCAUUGUGCCCAGCUCGCGCUCGAUGAGACUCGAAAACUUCACGUCUGAGCUGCCGAACCUCGCCAGACUCGAAAAAUUCGCACGGUUGCACAUUCUGCCUGCUGGAGGCAUGGAAAAAGUUAUCGAGUGCAACGACACCGUCCCGACGCUGCUGGAGAACGUGCACCUGUCGUGUCGCGAGCUCACGUCGGGCAUCUCGAUGUUGAGCGUGCGCGAGGGCAACGACCGCGAGGUGCGCGUUUUGCGCCAGGGACUCGCCAUCAACGGCGGCGACACCGCCACAGGCAUUUUGCUCGUGGACCGGUCGAUCAACCCGGACUGGCUCAGCGGCUCGAGGGGCCCGAUCCACCUGCACCUGCCGUUUGUGGCUCUGCUGAUCGGCGUCGUGAUUGGCAUGCUGCUGCUUGCGGUCGGGGCGUCGUGCUGUCUGGUGUGCUCUGUCGGCAAGCAGACGCCAGUCUCGGGCGAAACGGCUCCUCUGCUGCGCGCGCACGAACGUCUGGAAAACCCCACGCCGCCAAACUCGCCGCCGCCGAACGAGACCCAGUCUUACUCAAACUACUACUCUACACAUUCGUCCUCAAGGCCGAUCGACGUGGACCAGCCGUGA